UAUCUUUGUCUUACCCUCGUCAUUUUUUUGCCCACAUAAGUGCAUCUCGCGAUUAAUUAUUAUAGGUGCUUUUGUGAGAUUAUUAGGUGGAUUGAUUACUGGAUGAUUGUUUGUUGUUGUGCUGUUGUUGUUAUUGGUGGUGGUGCUGACUAGUGCGAAUCUAGAGCAUGACGAGGAGGCAUACGGUGAUCGUGAAGCUCAAGAGAUCCAGCACCGGCAAACCAUGGGGCAUAAGAAUCGCCGGAGGCGCCGAUCUGGGCACACCGAUCGUUGUCACUCGCUCGGAGAACGAGGCGCUCCAGAGGGGUGACAUGAUCAAGAAAAUCGACGAUUACGACGCACGCGACGUGAGGCAUGUAGACGCACAGAAUCUCCUCAAAAACUCCGAAACCAUAAAGCUAGUCAUCGAAAGGUCUGAGCCGUCGAAUGCCGCAAGAACAUCAUCACGUACAACCACCGACACUAUCUUCACCGCGUCACCAUCACCACCCACGAUUUUCAGGCCGAUCGUUGGCAACGGGGCUGCGGCCACUAGUCUGUAUAAGCAACCGAAGGAACGUCCACAGGAAUUACCAAAGAGCCCAGUACCGCCGCCCUCAGUCGAGGAGUACAGGUCAACGCCAACGCCGGAAUACACUCUUCGCAGCACAAUAGUCUUGCCGCACGAACAUCGCGACGAGAUCCGCGAGGAAAGGGUCCACUUGUCGCAGCCCUACCGCACGACUCCUCUGGUCUUGCCUGGUGCCAAGGUCAAGAAGGAUGCUCCUCUCGGUGAAUGCUACUUACGACAUCACCCGAAUCCGAUGAUCAGGGCGGCACCCCAUCAUUACGAGCCCCAUCAUCCCGAGGUUGCUAUGAAACAAAAGGUGGCGGAAACGGUACUUCAGCGUGUCGUGGGACCGAAUGAAGUUCCAAAGAUUGUCCACAAGCAAUUCAACUCACCGAUCGGACUCUAUUCGGAUCAGAACAUCGCCGACACUAUCAAGUGCCAAGCGUCUGCCAUACCCAUUUUCAUAGACUUUUCCUUCCUGAAACAGAAACAGGAAAUUGAGAAGCAAGCGAGAAUCUUGAAAGAGCAGGCUAAGGCCGCCUCCUCGAAGAACGUGUGGCCGCAAUUCAAUAAACCAAAUUAAAAAUUCGAAAGACGUUCGAGACGUUUUCCGAUGCUUCUAGUAUGUCGGAUCUACGACGGCAGAAUUUCCCAAUUUUCAUGCGGAUCGUAGGGCACGUUCAUAGUAAAUUAUGCAUUCUUCUAUCGGAAUGAUUAAAUAAAUUAUUUCUAUGUUAUUAAACAAUUUGUCACAUAGUUCAAUGA